CUGGCAGAGAGAGUGGGUGGGAAACACAAAAAUAGAACAAGCUUAAAAGGAAACAGAGAAAAUAAGGCAAAGCGUAGCAAAUAAAGAUCUAGUGAUUAAUAAUAGUGCUGAGAGAUCACCCCCCAAACCCCCCCACAAAGAGCUGCAGAGACAGUGAAUCAAAGAAGCAGAGACAAGAUGCAAGAAAACCACAAGUGUUCUGCACAAUGUGAUGGCACAAAUCAAAUAAACCUUUUUCAAACUUCUGUAUAGCAAGAGGAGAGGAAAUCCUCCAAGCAAAGUUUUGUCAAACUAGGAAGAGAACAAGAAAUAGCAGUAAAAAGACAAUAAAUAUCUGUGGGUGGAGAUCAGGCAAGUUGGACAUUACAGAAUGAACUAUGAAGAAUUCAGAAUAAAAUGGGAGAGCGGUAACAGAAAAGUGAUGGUGAAAAAACAGAAGAGAUAAAGAAAAAUUAAUUUUGUACAGCAAAAUGGUGGCUGCGAGAAAAAACAACCAUGAACUGAAUAAAUAACAGAUCUAUGGACACAAGAAUAAUGGAGCUACCGAUCCGUUUAUUUAUUUGGACCAUUCUAUUAAUUUGCCUUUUGCCUCUGUGCCAAACUCGGGUGAUGAGACCUCCAAAGUGGAAGUGUCCUAUGGUCUGCAACUGCACCUUUGAUAACGUCAUCUGUUACGGCUCAAGUUACAUUCCCCGGACUUACUCCUCCGACAUCAUUUCAGUGUCUUUCCUUCGCUGUACCUUCAGUUAUAUUCCUCCUGGAAGCUUUGCUCCAUCACAGACGUUGCAAAUACUCUUAUUUACCUCAAGUUCCUUUGACACAAUCGCUGACGAUGCUUUCAUGGGGCUGAAACACCUCGAGUACCUGUUCAUUGAAGACAACAAAAUUAACUCAAUAUCUAGGAAUGCAUUCCGAGGGUUAAAAUCUCUCAUCCACCUGAGUUUGGCAAAUAAUGAUCUGCAAUUUCUACCGCAAGGCUUAUUCUCAAAUCUACCGGCAAUCAAACAUAUAGAUCUACGUGGAAACCCCAUGCACUGUGACUGCAAAAUAAAGUGGCUGGUGCAGUGGAUAAACACGAUAGGAAAGAACAUACCUGUGUGGCUCCCAUUACCAUGUGAAGAGCCGGAAAAACACAGAGGGAGGAACCUGAGUUCUCUUUCAGAGCAUGAAUUUGACUGUGUUACUGGCAACAUAGUUCAGCGUUGGACAUUUAAACUCCCCUCUUUGUCUGUCAAGUCUUUCGAGUAUGCCUCAAACCACUUUGUCAUCAUUACUCAGCCAUUUGAGGGCCGCUGUACCUUCCUGGAAUGGGACCAUGUGGCUUAUGUGUUCCGGCAUUACGACAGCAUAAAAGGUGUCUCUAUUGUUUCCUGUCUGCCUCUCGUUAUCGGUAAACAGCUGUUUGUUGUGGUUGCCCAGCUGUUUGGUAGCUCUUCCAUUUAUCGUCAUGAUCCUUCCCCAGCAAGUAUCUCAUCUUUCCGUCUCUUCCAAAAACUACCUGAGGUGGUCAAACCUAAUGAUGUGGAACAGUUUAUAUCAAAUGAUGGAGAAUAUUAUUUCAUAAUUGCUGACAGUGCCAAAUCUGGUGCCAGCACCUUGUACCGAUGGGAUGGCAGGGGAUUCUACCCUUAUCAGAGACUUCCACGCUGGUACCGUGAUACAGAUGCUGAACCUCUGUUCCUGUCAGGAUUUCCCCACUUUAUUAUGAGCAGUGGCUCUCAAAGGCCUGUAGUCUAUCGAUUUGAGGACAAGCAUCUCCGUCGUCUAACUGAUAUCCCAGAAGCAUGGGAUGUAUAUGCGGUGAAGCAUUUUACAGAACCAGAAGAUGGUGUUUUUGCCUGUUUGGUGAGAUAUAUGGGGGACUCAUCCCUUGUGCGCUGGGAUGGUUCCAUGUUCCGUCAGCUCCAACAGUUUCCAUCCAGAGGUUCCCAUGUUUUCCAACCUUUGCUGCUAGGGAAGAAAUGGCAUACUUUACUAGGCCAUGAUUUUGGUUAUGCAUGGGUCUACCAGCUGGAAAAAUGGAACCAUUGGGAGAUUGAGGAAGAAAAUGAUGGUGAAGGACAGAAUGGACCUUUGGUACCAAUACAGGAACUGAAAGUUAUUGAGGCACGUGCCUUCACAUCUGUACAAGUGCUCGGCAGGCAGUUUAUCUUUGUGGCCAGUUUUGGAGGAGAUACUGUGGUGUAUGAGUAUGUGGAGGCAGAAAAUAGUCCCUAAACUAUGGUUUCAAUUAGAAGAAGAGACUGGAAACUGGGACAGCCAGGUAUGAGUCAGGAAAAGAAGACUCUAUUGAAAGAGAGAGGGACAAUGAUAACAGUGAUGUUCCUGUCUCAGCAAAUCAUUUUCAUGUUAGACUUAAAAUUUGGAUCUUAAAUUUGUCAACAGCGUAAUGUACAAGAUGUAUCUAUCACAAAGUUUUAAAGAAAACCUAUUGUUUGAUAUAUCCACAUUAUAAUAUUCCAUAUUUUCUCUAGUAAAUUUGAUUAUAGAUAGCAUCCGAAAAUAUUAAAAAUAUUUGUCUAAAAACAAAAUCACAACUAGAAAGUAACCAAAUCUUCUAACACACAACUUAAAAGCAAAGUUAUAUUUAAAGACACAGUAAACAAAUUAAUUUUGUUACGUAAUGUAAUCAUUUUAACAGAAGAGUGGUAUUUUGGCUUUCAGAAAUCAUGUUACUUUAUUCACUAAAAUACAAGAACAUUCUUUUAAAUAUCUGAACUAAUUAGUAUCAGAGGAAGAGUCGUAUCCUUACUCGUAACCUUACUCUUAUUUAAGGAAAGUGUAGUAUACCUUAAUUUGGAGAAAUUCCUAGAUAUGCAAUGUGACACUGGAUUCUGGCACUAAAAAAAUCGUAAAAUGUGUACGUUUGCCUAUUCACUGCUUUGUAACAAUGUAUUUUUUAUAUUACAAGUGUUUUUGUUACUAUUGUGUGCUUUUUUUGUAAUAAAACAUAAAUGCACAGGUUACAAUAA